CACGCACGAUGGCCAAGAAGCGCAGCGCCACCGCAUCCAAGGCUACGUCCGAGUCUGCGCCGGAGGGCCAAGGGGCCACUCCGUCUCCGUCACUUUCAGGGGAAGCAGGUGACGUCUGGUCUAUCGCAGUGCUCAUGGUGCUGUACACUCUGCAAGGCAUUCCGAUGGGUCUCUCGAGCAGUGUGCCGUUCCUCCUGCAAAGCAAGGUAGGAUAUGCCGAACAAGCAACGUUUAGUCUGGUGUCGUGGCCAUUCAGCCUCAAACUGCUAUGGGCGCCCAUCGUCGACUCAUUCUUUGUCGAGUCGUUCGGGCGUCGCAAGUCGUGGCUCGUUCCCGUCCAACUGGCCUGUUCCGUGCUCAUGAUCUACGGGGGGCCGUUUGUCGGGACGCUCCUCGACAUGGAAGUCCCCGAUAUCCAUCAACUCACGGCGUUCUUCUUCGCGCUCUAUUUUCUCAUGGCAACCCAAGACAUCGCGGUCGACGGGUGGGCCUUGACCAUGCUCAGCGCCAAGAACGUCUCGUACGCGUCGACGUGCAACUCGAUCGGUCAAACGUUGGGCUACUUCAUCGCUUACGUCGGCUUUCUCGCGCUGAACGACCCGACGACAUGCAACACAUAUUUUCGCCCCGACCCCAACCCCGACACAGGCCUGGUCACCCUGCCCGGAUUCAUGUCGUUUUGGGGCUAUGUCAUGCUCGGGACGACGGUGCUGGUGUGGCUUUUCAAAGCCGAAAAGGCCGAUCCGGACCACAACCUGACGAUUCGAGAAACGUACCAUCAAAUGUGGACUGUGAUGCAGCUGCCAUCGGUGCUCGUCCUCACAGCGCUCCAACUCACGUGUAAGGUCGCGUUCGCCGCGACGGACUCGGUGUCGUCGUUGAAACUUGUCGAGUACGGCGUCCAAAAGGAGAAGCUCGCGCUCUUGACGCCGGUCCUUGUCCCACUCGGCCUGCUUCUCCCCGUGCUCAUCUCCCAACGCAUGGACAAGUCGCGCCCGCUCGAGCUCUUCCUCUGGGCCAUUCCGUUUCGCCUUGUCGUCGGGCUGCUCUACGCCACGAUCGUGUACUUGACGCCCGUCGUGAUGAGCCACACGGAAGACAUCCAUUACUACUACUACAUCCUCCUCCUCGUCGCCGGCGCCUGCCACGAAGUGUCUGCGUACUUGAUGUACGUGCCGCAGAUGGCAUUCUUCGCCAAAGUCAGCGACCCAUCGAUCGGCGGCACGUACAUGACGUUCCUCAACACGAUUUCGAAUCUCGGCUCCAAGUGGCCCAACUCGGUCAGCCUCGCAUUUGUCGACUCGUUGAGCACCAAGUUGUGCUCGGCCGACGCGACGAAUUCAUGCGGCGACCACGAUGCUAGAGUCGCGUGCGAAAGUCUCGAAAACGGCCGCUGCAUGAUCAUCACGGACGGGUACUUUGUCGAAGUCGCCGUCUGCACGAUCAUUGGCAUCGUCUGGCUCGCCCUCGCGUACAGACAUGUCGACAAGCUGCAGACGCUUCCCAUGGCCGCGUGGCGCGUUGCCAAACGCGGCAGCGAAAAGAAUGGAGACUAACCAAACACGGUCCCCCAGCACAUGGCCCAACGAGACGGACUUGUUGGCUUCUCUCUCAAGCGAACCCAUCAAAGCACGAGCUCUGGCGCUCGUUGGCUCAUGGCAUGGCAUGUCCGAAGGACGAGGAUAGGGACGGAGUCGGCGUGACCGGGUGCCGGUGGGCGUUUGCCGCAAGAACCGUGCAAACGGCAUGCAGGUGACCGACUUGGCUUUCUCGAAUUUGCCCAUGCCACACACAGCAACAGACAUACGACCCCUUGCCACUCCCAUCGUGUUCGCCGC